AUGGUCCUCCUUCAAACCACCCCGCAUAUUCUCUCGGCCAUCUCUUCCCUCUCGUCUACUGAUAUCUCGGCUCUAACGAACGACGAAACGACGCUCCCCACCACCUGUGAGCAACCGAUUGAACACAAAACACUCAUCGCGCUCUCCCGCCGGCUGCCCAGACCUCAAGUCCAAAGAAGCUCCACGCUGGACACCCUCCUCCGUGGAACUCAUGUCUAUAUCCCUCCCGCACCACCAAAACCCCAACCCUCAGCAGAAUACAUCGCUCUCAUGGAUCGUCUGCGUAAGGAACAGGAACAGCGCGAAUAUGCCGGCCUAGUGUCGAAGCGAGAAACUGUAGGAUUGCCCUCCGACGAUGAGAAAGACGAUAUAAAUCCCUCGCUGGUGCUCAAUAUCUUGCUCAGCAUCGUCCUUUGCGCCUUGGCAGUAUUUCACCUGACGAGGUGGUGGUCGAAUGAUGGGGUGCGCGUUCUGCUCUCCUUGGGGACAGGGAUUGUGGUAGGUGUGGCUGAAGUGGUUGUGUACAUGGCCUAUCUGAGGAAGGUAGCGGUGAGCAAACAGAAGGAGAGGAGCAAAACAGAGCGAAAAACCGUGAUUGGGGAAUAUACAGGAGAACAGAAAUUAACGGAUGCGCAUGGUCGAGCCGUCUCCAUCGACGCGGCCACGAUGAUGGAGAAGGAAGAGAUCUGGGGAAGAGGCAUCAAUGGUGGGAUGCGAAGGCGAGUGCGAGAAAAGUGGGAGAAAGAACAGAAAAAUGCACAACGGAACGGUCUCAAUUGA